AUGGCUGGUGCAGCCAAGCGCCGUGCCGCCGAGGAGCGCGAUGCCCGUCGUACCGAGCGUUCCCACCACUCCAACUCUGGAACCUCCUCCUCUGGCAGCAAGCCCAAAUCUGACGCCCGUUCUACUGCGAACUCUGCCCACAGCUCCAACUCCAAGUCUAUUCACGGCUACGAUGGUGAGCGUGAUCCGGACUCUCCCACCUCCGUCACUCGCAAUCCCGCCACCUCUCGUGUCAUCGUUGAGGCCAAGAACUUCGACAUUUCUGCCGCCGGUUGGGCCACCGUUCGUGGUCUCUCUGCCGCAGCUAUGCCUCCUCGCGUGGGCCCUUCUAAGCUCGGCUCCAGCGUCAAGGUUGGGCUCAACACUUUCCGCGUCAAGAAGACCCCAACUAAGAAGGUUUACCAAUUUGAUGUCAUCAUUGGCAACGGCGACGAGAAGCGUGGUCUCAACAAGCACAUGUGGGAGUGUCCGGCUCUGAAGGCCGCUCUCGGCAAGGGCUGGAUCUUCGACGGCAACAAGCUGGCUUGGUCCAUGAACCCCAUCAACCGUGAGAUUCGCCUCAUGAUUGACCUCGACUCUAAGGAGAACGGUGGCACUGGCAAGCCUCGCAAGGAUGGCAAGUUCAACACUCAUCGCGUGCAGAUCCGCCAGACCAACCAAGUCGGCUUCGAUGUCCUUACGUCCUACCUCGAGGGUAAGACCGGCUUUAACAACGCGAAUCUGGAGGCAAUCAACUUCUUUGAUCAUCUCCUUCGCGAGUAUCCCCGUCUAAACUACACAUCCAUCAAGCGCAGCUUCUUCGCCAAGGGCCAGACCCGUUUCGAUCUUGGCAAUGCUGUUGAGGCCUUCAAGGGUGUCUAUCAGUCUUUGCGUAUUGCCCACUGGGGUGGCAAUCCGGCCUGCCUUUCCAUUAAUGUCGACGUGGCCAACGGCACGUUCUGGAAGGAGCUGCCGGUGCAUCUCGCGGCGUUGCAGCUCACUGGUCGCCGUGACAUGAACGACCUUAUCCUGGCAUUGAAGCAAGGCGAGGGGGGUAGGUGUGGCCAGGAUCUGAAGAAGAUGCGCAAGCUGCACGUCGAGGCCAGUCAUCGUGGUGCGAAGGAAAUUGACAACUAUGUCAUUGAGCGAUUCAUCUUCAAGUCUGCUCGCGAACACAAAUUCGAGAACGAAGACAAGAAGAUGGUCUCGGUCUACGACUAUUUCGCUCAGAAGUACAACAUCCGCCUCCAGCACCCCGACCUGCCUCUCUGCAAGAUGACCAAAGGCAAGAGCACGGUUCUGCCUAUGGAAGUCCUUAAGAUCAAGGGCAAUGAGCGCUACGCAUUCAAGAUGGAUGAGCGUCAGACGUCCAACAUGAUCAAGUUUGCUGUUGAGCCUCCUCCGCAGCGUUGGAACGCUAUUCAGCAUGGUCUUGGUAUGCUGAAGUGGGAUCAGGAUCCUGUGUUGAAAGCCUUCGGUGUUGAGAUCGAUCCACAGCGUACCGUGGUCGAUGGUCGCCUGAUUCCUGCUCCCACGGUCAAGUUCGGCACGGGUGAUGCUAGGCCUGGCACCUCUGGUCGAUGGGACCUCAAGGGCAAGAAGUUCUUGCAGCCCAACCCUGCUCCGCUCAAGAGCUGGGGUGUGUGCGUCAUUCCUGGCCGUCGUGGCGGUAAACCCGACAAGGCCAUCGUUGAGAACUUCAUGAACGAGUUUGUUAAGAUCUACGGUAUGCACGGUGGUAGGGUCGAGAACAAGAAACCGACCUUCAUCCUGGCCAACGGUGACGAUGUUGGUACUUGGGUCACCGAAGCUUGGAACAAGACCGGUAACGCAAACAACGCUCGUCCUCAGAUUCUGGUCUUCAUUCUUCCCGACAAGGACUCCGGCACUUAUGGUCGCAUCAAGCGCUCAGCUGAAUGCCGCUACGGCGUCGUCUCCCAGUGCAUGCAGUACGCUCACGUGCAGAAAUGCCAGGGCCAGUACAUCUCCAAUGUUUGCAUGAAGUUCAACGCGAAGCUGGGCGGUUCGACGUGCCGCGCUGUGGGCGAUGCGAAGAAGAACAACAAGGAGACGGGCUUGUUCUCUGUCCCAACUAUGAUCCUUGGUGCUGACAUCUCCCAUGGCGCUCCUGGCAGUGAGACCCCAUCAAUGGCCGCGCUCACCUGUUCUAUGGACCGCCUUGCUAUCCGCUAUGCAGCUGCUUGCGAGACCAAUGGCUUCCGUGUCGAGAUGAUGACUACGGACAACAUCAACUCUAUGCUCAAACCUCUUGUUCAGUCUUGGGUUGGCGCCGUUGGUGGUGGCAAGUUCCCUCAGCGUAUCUUCUACUUCCGCGAUGGUGUGUCUGAAGGCCAGUACCAGCAUGUCCUCCAGCAGGAGGUCGCGGAUAUGAAGGCCCUGCUAAAGACGGCUGAUCCGAAGCUCAACAUCCCCUUCAUCGUGGUCGUUGGUGGUAAGCGUCAUCACGUCCGCUUCUUCCCCGAGAAGGGUGAUCGUAACGGCAACCCUCUUCCGGGCACUCUCGUCGAGACUGGUGUCACUCAUCCGUACGAGAACGACUUCUUCUUGUGCUCCCACACCGCCAUCAAGGGUACUGCUCGUCCUAUGCACUACCAUGUCUUGCUAAACGAGGUUGGCAUGUCCAACGAGGAGCUCCAGACAAUCAUCUACGAGCACUCAUACCAGUAUAUCCGCGCCACCACUCCGGUCUCUCAGCACCCUGCGAUCUACUACGCCCACAUCGCCUCCAACCGCGCUGUUCCUCACGAUCCGAAGUGGGCCGGCAGCAGCGAUGGUGCUCCUUCGGUUGCCUCGCGUCCUCGCUCUGGCUCUGCUUCAGGCUCUCAGGGUCGCUCGGGUGGUAGCUCUUCUGGUCCGCCAAUCAACGUUGACAAAUUGAUGCCGAUGCCCAACCAGAGCAACAUCUUCAACAGCAUGUGGUACAUCUAG